AUGGGCCCCUGUACCGCCUCCUCAUGCUGCUGCCAGGCCCGUAAUCUGCCAUGGGCCCCCGUACCGACUCCUCAUGCUGCUGCCAGGCCCGUAAUCUGUCAUGGGCCCCUGUACCGCCUCCUCAUGCUGCUGCCAGGUCCAGAGUGUCUCAUGGGUCCCUGUACGGCCUCCCAUUGCUGCUGUCUCCAUCGCCACACUCUGCCAUGUGCCACUUUCAGGUCCUCCUCACACUGCUGGUGGGUUCCAUUUUGUCAUAGGGUGCUGUAUGGCCUCCCAUUGCUGCUGCCUCCACCGCCACACUGUGGCUCCACACUCUGGUUUUGGCCCCGUGACUGCCCAAAUGAGUGAAGUGUGCGGUGAUUCUCUAAGAUCGACGGCACUCAUCUGCAUGUCAUACUGACUGACAGUAUUAUUUUCUCUUCCCCAGCAGACCCCAAGGGCAUUUAAAUUAAAGGUACAGUGUUCUGCACUAAUAUAA